AUAUAAAAAUGUAUCUGCUCCUUUAAGAGAUGUAAACGGGAGCUCAAUGACUUGCAAUGUGGUGUCAGGAGGAGCCUGGUGCUGAAAUGAAAGUAAACAGCAGAGCUGAAUGUUGAGGACCCGAACACACUUUCUCCUUAUACAUUUCAUUGAGCACUUGCACUAAGUCUCCUGCACUCAGAGUCCUCGGGAUUCAAGAGAAAAGAAAGAUCAGUCAACAACACGCAUCGUCUCAGGCAUGGCGUCAUUUAGCACUGUGCUGUCUGAAGAUCAAUUCCUUUGCUCUGUCUGUCUGGAUGUUUUCAAGAAACCAGUCACAAUCCCAUGCGGUCACAACUUCUGCAUGGCUUGUAUCAACGAAUACUGGAGAACCAAUGUCAUGUGCCAGUGUCCACUGUGUAAGCACAAAUUCCCCAAAAGACCUGAGCUAAAGGUUAAUACUUUCAUUUCUGAUAUGGUUGCUCAGUUCUGGGGUUCAGCUCAAGGGAAUGACACCAACUCCUUGGAGCAGGCGGCAGCCAAACCUGGAGCUGGAGAAGUGAACUGCGACUUCUGCAUUGGAGGGAAUGCCAAGGCCAUUAAGUCUUGUCCAGAUUGUCAGGCUUCUUACUGUGAGACUCACCUGGAGCCUCAUAAGAAAGUCACAGCUUUAAAGAAACACAACCUAAUCAACCCUGUGGGGAAUCUUGAAGAACGAUUGUGUAAGAGGCAUGAUAGACCUCUGGAGCAGUUUUGUAAGACUGACCAGACAUAUGUGUGUCAGUUCUGCACAGAGACUGACCACAAUGCCCACAACAUCGUCUCUCUAGUGUACGAAAGCAGGGACAUUAAAGCUCAGCUGGAAAAUAUGGACGUUGAAGUGAAGCAAAUGAUUCAGGGUCGACUGCAGAAAGUUAAGGAGAUUAAAGGCACAGUACAGUCCAACAAAAGAAAUGCAGAGAAAGAGAUAAAGGAAAGCUUGCAGGUCUUUACAGAAUUGAUGCGCUCCAUUAAGAGUAGCCAGACUGUGCUUAUUGAGGUGAUUCACUGAGCUAAAGCAGAGACACUCUAAGCUAGAGCAGCUCUCACACACCAGAGACUAUUUGCACCUCCUCCAGAGCUUCCCAUCCCUGUGCAACGCUCUACCCACCAAGGACUGGUCGGAGAUCAGGAUUCAGAGUGUCGAGUAUAUCGGGACGGUGAGGAACGCUGCGAGGAGAGCUGGCUCUCAGUUUGAAGAGACACUGAACAAGGAAGUGAAGAGGUUGUGUGAUGCUGAGCUGAAAAUGAUACAACAGUGGUCAGUAGAUGUAACUCUGGACCUUGAUACUGCCCACCACAAUCUCCUCCUCUCUGAAGAUACGAAACAAGCAAGACAUGCCGGUAGAAGACAAAACCUCCCCGGCAACCCAGAAAGGUUCUCCUACAUUUCCAGCGUCCUGGGAAAGGAGGGCUUCUCCUCAGGGAGAUUCUACUACGAGGUGCAGGUGAAGGGAAAUACUCUCUGGAGUGUUGGAGUGGCCAGAGAGACCAUCAACAGAAAGGUUAUUGCAGCAAAGCCUGAGAAUGGACUCUGGACUGUCCAGCUGGGGAAAGGGAAUGUCUACCAGGCCUGCACCACAGACCCUACCCCCCUCUCCCUGAGUAACAAGCCCCAGACGAUAGGUGUCUAUGUGGACUAUGAAGAGGGUGAGGUCUCCUUGUACGAUGCUCAUACCAGGUCUCAUAUCUACUUGUUUACUGGUUGUACCUUCACUGACAAACUUUACCCAUACUUCAACCUUGGGGUUUGUGGCAUUGAUAAAAUGUCAGCACCAUUGAUCAUCUCUUCUGUGAGCCAAUCUGAUUGAGAUAUCACUCAUGUGUCAUUGACAUUCUAAAGAACAGGACAUUCCAUACAUUGAUUAAUAUUCAAUCACUAGAGAGGUAUAAAUUGUAUCUUUUUUUUGUUGUUGAGGGGGUUACAGGUAUAAUAUUUAAAAUCAUAUUCUCAAUUCAUUAUUUCACACCCCCAACCUCUCAUUACAUUUACAUUUUAGUCAUUUAGCAGACGCUCUUAUCCAGAGCAACUUACAGUUAGUG